AUGGACACAGAUGAUCUUUUUGGAGGCAAAAUCAUAGUUUUCAGCGGCGAUUUUCGUCAGGUACUUCCAGUCAUAACAAAAGGAUCAAAAGCUGACUUUAUACAAGCAAGUCUUAUAAAUUCCUAUAUAUGGCCUCAUUUACACAAACUCAAACUCAAACAAAAUAUGAGAGCUGUUGCUGAUCCCAAUUUUACUGAUUAUUUGCUUCGUAUAGGAAACGGAACUGAAUCUUUUGUCAACAACAACAAUAUUCAAAUUCCUGAAGACCUGCUCAUACCAUACACCACUGAAGAGCAAUCACUCAACAGCUUAAUUCAUGCAGUGUUUCCAGACUUGAAAAGUUGUUCAAAAGAAGAUUAUUCAUGGACGAAUCGAGCAAUUCUUACAACUAAAAAUGACUUUGUCGACGACAUCAACAGUGCAUUGAUAGAAGAAUUUUCAGGGAAUGCUUCUGAAUACAUUAGCAAAGAUAAAAUAAUAGACACUUCUCAGCAGGCUAUCCUAGAAUACUUUGUUAACAGCCUUACACCAAAUGGUUUCCCUCCACACAAAACACUGCUAAAACCAAACUCUCCGAUCAUGUUACUUAGAAACAUAGAUCCUCCAGAAGGCCUUUGCAAUGGGACAAGGCUCAUAUGUAGAUCUCUACGACCAAAUAUAAUAGAGGCAGUCAUCAGCUGUGGUGAAUUCACAGGAAAAGAAGUUUUCCUGCACAGAAUAUGUUUCAAAUCAGAUAGUGACCCAGACUGUCCAAUAGCUUUUGAAAGAAUGCAAUUUCCAGUUCGUUUAUGCUUCGCCAUGACAAUAAAUAAGGCUCAGGGUUAG